CAGAAUAAUGUCUUCCAAGCAAGCCACCUCGUUUGCCUCCGUCGCCGAUGGGGAGGAAGCCAUGAGUCAGGACCACCUGUCCUGGGAUAAGGAGGAGAGUGCGGAGGCCCACGGGAGCCCCAGCUGCCCCUGCAGCCUGCUCCACAGCAAGGGCUCCAUGGACGAACUGCAGCCCCUCAGCAGUGUCCUCCAGAGUGACUGGGACAGCAUGGUGUCAGCCCAGCAGCGCAUGGAAUCUGACAGCAAUAAAGUAUGUUCCCUGUACUCCUUCCGGAAUAACUCAACCUCCCCACACAAGCCUGAGGAGGGGGCCCGGGAGCGCGGCGACCUGCUGGCGGAUCUGCGUUCGGGAACGCCGGAGCGCCGCAAAGGAAGCCUGGCCGACGUGGUGGACACACUGAAGCAGAAGAAACUGGAGGAGAUGACAAAGACAGAGCAAGAUGAAUCCAGUUGCAUGGAAACACUUCUGUCAAAAGACUGGAAAGAGAAGAUGGACAGGCUCGACACKAGUGAUCUUCUGGGAGAAGUCAAAGGUACUCCAGAGAGCCUGGUAGAGAAAGAGCACCAGCUGAGCACCAUGAUCACUCAGCUGAUCAGCCUGAGAGAGCAGCUCCUGGCCGCUCACGAUGAGCAGAAGAAGCUGGCCGCCUCACAGAUGGAGAAACAGAGGCAGCAAAUGGAGCUGGCCCGCCAGCAGCAGGAACAGAUUGCCAGACAACAGCAGCAGCUUCUGCAGCAGCARCACAAAAUCAAUAUCCUYCAGCAGCAGAUUCAGGUCCAGGGUCACAUGCCUCCGCUCAUGAUCCCYAUUUUUCCACACGACCAACGAACCCUGGCAGCAGCCGCCGCAGCCCAGCAGGGCUUUCUCUUCCCACCGGGAAUAUCUUACAAGCCAGGUGAUAACUACCCGGUGCAGUUCAUUCCAUCCACAAUGGCAGCUGCGRCAGCGUCAGGACUCAGCCCCCUCCAGCUUCAGCAACUGUAUGCCGCCCAGCUUGCCAGCAUGCAGGUCUCUCCUGGAGCCAAGAUGCCGCCACUCCCCCAGCCUCCCAACAACAGCGGGCCCAUCUCCCCCUCCGGCCUGAAGAACGACAAGAGAUCCUCCAGCCCUAUCACUCAAGUCAAGGAGGAGGGAACGCAGCCUCUCAACCUSUCCGCCCGGCCCAAGACGGCAGAACUGGUCAAGUCCCCCACGUCCCCCACACAAAGCCUGUUCACAGGCAGCAAGACCAGCCCCAACAGCCUGUCCAAGAGCGGCAUCCCCAGUCCCCUCGGAGGCAUGGGCCGUGGGUCUUCUCUGGACAUCCUGUCCAGCCUGAACUCCACAGCGCUGUUCGGGGACCAGGAUGCGGUGAUGAAGGCCAUCCAGGAGGCCAGGAAGAUGAGAGAACAGAUCCAGAGAGAGCAGCUGCAGCACCACCAGCAGGGCAUGGAGGCCAAGCUCUCUGCCCUCACAGGCAUGGGCCUCAACAACUGCAGCAGGGCUGACAAGGAGCGGGCACACUUUGAGAGCCUUGGUCACCAUCUUAGCAAACUGGGCGAGGAUGGCAAAAUUGGCCACAGAGUCAUCGACCUCACCAGGCCAGAGGAUCUGGAUGGGUGGAAAGCUCUGAAUGGCUCUGGUACCGGAGCAGAUAAACCACAACAGUAUUAUUGUUGGCCUACAGGAGGCGCCAGCACAGCCGAGGCACGGGUCUACAGGGAAGCCCGGGGGAGGAACAGCAACGAGCCCCACAUCAAGAGACCCAUGAACGCCUUCAUGGUGUGGGCCAAAGAUGAGCGCCGCAAGAUCCUCCAAGCCUUCCCAGACAUGCACAACUCCAACAUCAGCAAGAUCCUGGGCUCUCGCUGGAAGUCUAUGACCAACCAGGAGAAACAGCCGUUCUAUGARGAGCAGGCCCGUCUCAGUAAGAUCCACCUGGAGAAGUACCCCAACUACAAGUACAAGCCCCGGCCCAAGAGGACCUGCAUCAUCGACGGGAAGAAGCUCCGCAUCGGCGAGUACAAGCAGAUGAUGCGCUCGCGACGGCAAGAGAUGAGGCAGUUCUUCACUGUGGGGCAACAACCGCAAAUCCCCAUCAGCACCAGCGCCGGCGUGGUCUACCCUGGGGCCAUAACCAUGGCAACGACCACACCCUCCCCUCACAUGACGUCUGAGUGCUCCAGCGCCUCAGCAAGCCCGGAGCCGGCCAUUCCCGUCAUCCAGAGCACCUACAACAUGAAGAUAGAGCCCAGUGCCAUGUUAACCAACGACCCCAUCAUCAACGGAGAGGUAGAUGAGAUGGACAUGUACGAGGACUUUGACGAGGAGCCCAAAUCGGACUACAGCAGUGAGACUGAGACACUGGAGCCCAUCGUCAGCGCCAACUGAGGCCUCUCAACACCCGAGCCGAGACAUACACACAUUCAUACUGGAGAACCAUCCCCARGGCGGAAGACUGACUGAAGGAGGAGAAACAGAAGAACAAAAAAAUACAGAACAAAAAUAAAUGGUUCUGUUGAUGCAUCAUUUAGGAGCCUGCAUGCAUAUGUGGCUCCGUCAGAAUCAACAGCUAAAGGUCUUAAAUAUUUCUUACAGUGUGUGAAGCCGUUUGGUUUAGUUCGUUUUGUUUUUUGUUUUUUAUUAUCUCAUCGUUUAUAUUUUUGUGUUUUGUUCAUAGACAUUUACACAAUUAGGUUAUUGCCYAUACAACUUUGGAUGACAGGACUUGAAAUGUAACGUUUGAUAUGAAUCCAUAAUUCUUACCGUCUUACCUUUUUUCUUAAGAUAUACAUAUUUUUUUCUCUUCAGUUAAAUGCUUUUAAUAGAUUUCAUUACUGUUUUUGAUGGGAGUUAUAUAUUCUCACUCAGGUAUGCUGUGCCAGCCAACAGCUUGUGAAUGUUUUAAAUACGAAUUUAUUUGAAACUAUUUAGAAAGCAAAAUAUUUGGAAAUUCAUAUUAACUAAAAACAAACAAACAGAGCAAUUCCACAAUUCUGGGACAUAAUCAGACUCCCGUAUUAUUAAUUGUAUUAGUAUUAUUAUUAUUAUUAUUAUUAGAGUUAUUAUUGGUAUUAUUAACAUACUGUACGAUUUUGUGCAGAUGUGCCAAACGUUUCAAGGUUUUUUUCUCUUAAAUCAUUUGUUUGAGUCUCGAGGGAGAGACUCGAGUCUUAGACAAUCUCUUAAUAUCUUAGUGCGGCUUCAAAAUCCAGUUUCUUUAUAUACCUUCUAUAUUGAAACACUCAGGAAUCUGGAGACAGUGUGCUGUGUCUAGGGCAGGAACAGGAAGUGAUGCAAUAGCUUCAGGUGUGGUUGUUCAUAAUGGCAGCUGUUCUCCAUGGAGACCAAUGCGGUGACCAACAGCCCUUCUCUCCCUGUCCCUCUCCAGCUCAUGUCACCAGCCCAGUCUAACACAGAGCACUAUAACACUCCCCUCACACUCUCUGCUCAUUCUUCAACUCAGUCUUACCAAGUUCUUAAUCAGAGUGAUUGUAAUCAGGCCAGAAUUCCAAGGGGCCAAAGGCAUCCAAUCUGUGGGAUUGGAAAGGCAGCGAAAGGCAGCUUUGGGGGCAUUAUAAUCACAAAUUGCUGUUUUACAAUGUGUAGCUACAGUACAUUCGGUUAAAUACUUUAGCCCCUACUGGGGCGGCAAGUUUUAAAGUCUUUGGUCUUACAUUUUUUUUGUUAAAUCUUAAGUAUUUUUUCGACAUUGUAAAUCUUAAAUUGACACGAGAAGGUCUUAAAGCAGAGUUAACUACUGCAGCAGUCUUAAGAGAAGAGGCAGUGUGUGAGGGAAUAACAUUGUGUUUUUAUUAAARGAGGGUUACAGACAAAGUAUUACAUUCUAACAAGUCAUAUUAAACACAACAGUAUUUCAUUCAUAAACCACACCAGAUCUGAGAUGGUGAUUCUCUACAUUCAUGCACUUAGAUAUUAACACUUACUACUUCAUUUUUCAACUAAGUUAAUAUUUUAUAUUGAACAAAAUKUKUGUUGUUUUAUAAUGRCCAGUUGCCUAUUUUACAUAAAGUUAAACWUAAGUAUUUUAGAGCAAUUGAAAWUGCACUUCUGUAUUUUAUUUACAUACAGACAAUGARUAUGAMAUAUAACACAAUCAAUCAGCUCUUAAUYUUGUGACAAUCAGUCACAAACUGAAAGUCCUUUACCUCUUGAAUGGUUAUUUUACCAGUUGAACAGAUCCMAGGUUGUUACCUAUGGAGAAACAGCUAGAGAUGGCCAGCAGUCAAGGCCUUACUGUCCAUAAUACAGCCCUCCUACAGGCCAGAAGGACUAAGUGCCUCCCUCUCUGCCCUGCCCCUGCCCUGUCYCGACCCCUUCCCAUGGCAACCCCCACASCCAGGGGGUGCCAUCUGGCUCAGAGUGGCAGGCAGCGCUAGGCUGGGGAGAGGAGAGAGGGGGAACAAUAAGGACGGGGCACGUAGSRCWUAUUGUGCUCUCCAUCAAAGUGCAGGCAGUGAGGCCUCCACUCUGGCUCCCGCCCUGGCCCAGCCACUAUGCGCUGGCGAGCAGAUGGAACAAGUACAUCAAGCUGUGGGGGAUUAUUAAAAUGACUGACGAGUGGGUAUCAUCUCAAAUGCAGCAUUAUUAAUGCAUGAGGCCGGCUAUUCUCCUCCCGUGCCCUUGAACCUGUCCAUUUCAGACCAAGCCCAGAGGUUUAAAAUGAUCUAAAUGGCUGGUCACCAGCGCUGGCUGUCUGCAUGGCCAGGACUCCCUCCCACUGCUGGUCACUGCAUUACUCUCCCAGGUCUAAUUGAUACAGAUGGCUCUUUAGUACUUUUAAUUUUACUCGACCCAUUCAGAGCUGGCUUUUAUUGUGUUGUGUCCACGUUUGAAAGCAUUUAUCUUAAGUCUUAGAAGUUUUUAAGCACCUCAUUAUUAAUUGCCAUUUCAGUUUCGUUUUCUUUUUUUGGUUGGUUGGUUUCUUUAUUGCUAUUGUUGUUUUAAGGUACAAUGCUUUUUUCUAGGAUUUCCUCCCAUACACAAACCUAAACGGAUUUCCCUCCAGGUCAACAUGUCUAGGUUUUUAAGCUGUUACUUCUGUUUGCUGGUUGAUUGGUUGAUUUGUACGUGAUUUGUACAUAUUUCUAUGUCCAUGCCUAACCAAUUCAGUGUGCUGGUAGUUACAAAAGGACUGUUGAUAGGACUGAAACUUGACUGCGCUUGUAUAACAAAAAAAAUACAAAAAAACGAAGAACUUAUAUCUCGCAAGGAGUCAAAGUGUUAUAAGCACUGGAUAUAAAUUGUAUUUUUAUCAAUUCUGACUAAUGUGAAGCUGUUGUACCAUAAAAAAACCUGAAUGAACAAAAGUCACGACGACUUGGACUCGUGGGCUCGUUCUCACAGUUACCAGAUUUGAAUAAUUUUUCAGUCUACUUGUUUUGUUUAUUUAUGCAAAGACAUGUGUAGUGAAUGAACACUUUGUCUAUGCUCCAGGGCCACCAAGGGGAGAGAGACAGCGCGCGAGAGAGACUGAGCAGUAAACUCAACAGAAGGCUUGCAUAGUAACUGGUUAGCUGAGAAACACCGCAUUUCAGACACACAUUUUAUUGGUCACAUAUGUUUUGUGUUUUAUAUUGUAUUUGAAGCUAUAUAGUGAGUAUAGACAUUGUAUUUAUUAGCCACUGUUGGCUCUAAAAUUGUCAGUAGAACAUAAUGAAAGGACAACAAUCAGAGAGAAAAAAAAUAUGUUUAAUCAAUUGGAGCUUCAUUUUUCAGUAAAUUCACCAUUUCAUUAUAGAUUUUAUUGUAAAUACAACAUAGGAAAUAGAAUUAUAUUUUUGUUCAUAAGUACUUAGUGAAGUAUUAGUUAUGUAUUUGACUGUUAUUUUUUUCUUCCUUUUUUACAUCAGUGUAUGUUGAUCCAUGUUCUUAAAACUGACAAGUCACUGUACGUCAUGUAGAUUCUGAAUAUUUAUCCCAGUUGAAGAGAGCAGUAUUGGACGGUUGAGGAGAGCAGUAUUGGACGGAGCUGUAGCUGAGAUAGACAGACAGGCCCCUUCUUGCUAGCGUUUCAAUGACCUCCCUCAGACAAUUCAAGGAGCCAAUCAAAACCCAAGCUAUACUCCUUAGCCUUGGACAUUAAGGACAAACGUUUUUUAAAUAAAUAACUUCAUUUGUAUCUAAUUACAUGCACAGUCAGUACAAAUAAAGUACUGUGUAUCUUUCAUAGGGACAGUGCUAAAAUUCAUCUGAACAACAAGCAGUUAGGAUGUAUAUGUUUGUAUUAUACAACUUGCGUUUCCAAUCAUGACUCAAUCCUAGCGACAUACCUUAUCUUGUUUUGUGUUUUUCACAGCCCUCAGUGGUUAUACUGUUAUGUGUCAAAUUUGAACGGAGAGGUUGAUAGUAGCAUAGAUGAAUAGCUACAUUUUAAUUGCACAUCUGCAUGCAUUUGUUACAUUUAAAAUUAGAAUGACCCAAGAGGAUUUUAUUCAUUGGCAAUUUUACACAAGUGAGGUUCUUGGGGAGCUGAAAUUGAAGGGAGUGUGCAAAUAUUUUUUCGUUUUAACGUGGCACAAUGCAGAGCCACUCGUGUGUAUUCUAGGCCUAUACUCUUUUUGUCCUUUUCUAUGUGUUGCUGACCUUUUUAAAGGCAGCCCAUCCAGCCAUCAGCAAAGUGUAGUCAUGACCUUUUCUAUGAAUCCAUCUGUCUCUCAGCCAUGUAAAUGCGAACAAGAUUCAACAACUGAAGACUAAGCUUGUAUGCUGUUUCAAUAACUUAACUUAACUGUAAUGAUUUUUUUCUGUCAUUGAACUUUGUGAUGUAUAUGGUGGGAAUGUUCUCUGUGUUCAUUGAGUUAGCACAAUUCACUGACAUGCUGGACUGACAUGCUAGCUGCUGUUCAGGAGUGUAACAUUUGCUGUUGGGGACAACUUAUACAGUUGUCAAUGGUACUUUGCUUUCUARAUUYAUUUUUUGUCUCUCAAGCAACACUGUGUGUGGCUCUUCUGUCGCUGGGGCUGUUGCUGUUUUGAAACCGCUGGCAGACUGAUACAGUUUUCUGCGUAGAAAUCAAUUUCUUGGCAGGUACCUAGGUCCAGGGCAGGUAUUGUUAAGGGCGUAACUAGAGAAAAUGAAAUAGUGUCUGUUGCUGCUUUGAAAAAUGUUUUAAUUCUGAAAAUGUAAAUAGUUUAUCAUAAUAUCUUGUACAGUCCAGUGUAAAGUUUUUAAUUGAACUUAAAAAAAAGGUUGCCAUCACAUUUGUGUUCACUUUCUUCUUCAUACAGUACAAAAGGACAGCUACUUGCUGAGGAUAUUAUUGUUAAAUUAAAAAAAGGAAAAGGUACUAAAAUAUUUUAUUUUGCUUGGCUUCAAAAUGUAAACCAGCAAGUCUUUGGUUUCCAUGUGCAGUAUUGACGUGAGGUAAACUUAAGGUGAAAUAAUUCUACAGUGGUAUGUAUUGGAGACCAGUCUCCUCUGUGUUGGUAGUAUUAAUACACUAUAUCAAAUAAAAUACACCAGAUGACUGACACAUUUGGGUGUAUCUAGGCACCUUAGUAAUGUGUGCAAAUAUCUAGGUUGUGUUCCCCACAGGAUGCAUUCAGGCAUAUUGUAAUGUAACAUCAUCUUUCUAUAUGUACUCAAUCCAUUGAUGUAACAAGGCAGGAGUGGGUUGUAGAACUGCCUGUUUAAGCUCAUUUACCUCAAGAGUUUCCUCCUUUUGCGUAAAAGAGUAAGAAAUUGUGUGACAAAGUCUCACCAUCACUCCCAUCUUUUGUACUGCUGUUGACACUUACAAAUUAAAGAGACAUUUUGUUUUAAGA